AAUAAUAGAGCAGUGAGAUGAUGACAACCCGAGUGAAGAUUCGAUGCUCCGACGACGUUCAGUAAAGCAAGAACUGCAGCUCUAUAGUUUGAAGUAGCGUUCCCUGCAACCUGGAAAUUUCGGCUUGCAUGUGAAUCUCGCGGGAGAAAAUGGGCGAUGAGGUGUCGACAGACGGACCCUCGCCGGGGUUGCCAACUAGAGAAGAACUGAACGAAUCGACAGACAACACCAAUGGAGUUGACAGAGAGGAUGCUCGAGCUAACAGCGCUUCACCCGAUGAAGCCUCAAUCAGAGUCGAGGAGAGGUCGGACGGGAUCGACCCCAAAAUCGAUGACCUAGCCCAAGCUCAAUCACUUUCGGUGGGCGCGAUUCAUAAGCAUUACUGCAAAGAUCUUCUAGAAUCGGCGAACACACUUCAAAGUAUAUGCAACGUUCAGGACACGUCUAUCACGCUCAUCGAAUACAAGGAGAAAGUUCUCGUGGAGCUCCGUGAGUCCUAUCAGUUGGAGGAAAUUCUCGACGAAGCACAAAGGUACUACAAUAAAUUGGUCGGCCUUAAGACAGAAAUGGCUGCACUGAGCAAGAAGUCCAGAGAGCUGACUCGGAGAGCAGCCUAUGUGAAAUCUGUGCAAGAGAAAGAAAGAGCCAAAAAAGAACAGGAAAGGAGACGCCUCGAGCGAAUCGAACAGGACCUUGCGCCGCGAUACUCAUCGGAUCUGGCGUAGCUCUGAUUCACUGGUCGUUCACUGUGAUAGGAAUGUCUUUGAGACUGGCUCCACACGUCUGUGAGUCUUGAGUAAUCGAAUGUUCCAUCAGAGUUGUACCUGAGUCUGCGGUUGUGUGAUUGCGAGUCCAUCGGCGGGGUUCAAAGAAGUUUCUGCUUAUUGAAAAUCACCGGGUUCCGUGUCGGGUCCGCGUAUGAGUCAGAUCGAGUGAUAAAGAUCAGUUCGAAUAUCAUAGGUACUUCUCUUUUUCGAGCGUUGAGGCAUGCUUGUGUCGAGAGUAGGUUGAUUGAACCGGCUUCUGUAGGUCGGUACCGGUGCUUAUUUCUCAGAAACAAAGAUAAUAUAAUUUCAUGAUUAUUCUGGACUUCGAUCGCGCGGUCAUGGCUUCGAGAGGGACCUUUCGCAACCCGGCUCAUGCGACGUCUGACGGAGUUUACCGAGCGCUUUCGGGAAUGCGAGGAACCAAAGUUGAAACUCAUGUUGAAGAAAUAUAUCGAUGUUG